GAGCAGCUGGGAAACGUAGUCCUCAUCCUUGUAUUCCAUUCUCACUGUCUCCGACGCGAAAGAUGCCUGCCGUACACCACAAAUUAUUACUCGAGGAGGCCCUGCAGGACAGUCCGCAGACGCGGUCCUUGCUCAGUGUGUUUGAAGAGGAUGCAGGCACGCUCACUAACUACACAAACCAGCUGCUCCAGUCUAUGCAGAGAGUGUUUGGAGCACAGAAUGAAAUGGCUCUGGCGACCGAACAGCUUUCUAAACAGCUCCUGGAGUAUGAGAAGCAGAAUUUUGCUCUGGCGAAAGGCGAUGAAGAGGUGAUCAACACUUUACAGCACUUUGCCAAAAGCGUGGAAGAGCUGAACUCUCUGCACAAUGAAUUGGCCACACAGAUUGCUGAUAAGAUGGUGUUUCCCAUGGUGCAGUUCAGAGAGAAGGACCUUACAGAGAUCAGCACACUGAAGGAGAUAUUCGGCAUUGCCAGUGACGAGCAUGAAGCUGCCAUGGUGAAAUAUAGUCGUUUACCUAAAAAGAGAGAAAAUGAAAAGGUUAAAGCGGAGGUGGUGAGAGAGGUGGCGUACUCCCGCAGAAAGCAGCAUCAGGCGGCGAUGCAGUAUUAUUGUGCUCUGAAUGCGCUGCAGUACAGGAAGAAAGUGGCCAUGCUGGAGCCCAUGCUGGGAUUCACACACGCUCAGGUACAUUUCUUUAAGAAGGGGAUGGAGCUGGUGUCGAAGAAGAUGGACAGUUUUCUAAGCUCAGUUUCCAGCAUGAAUCGGAGUAUUGAGUCUCAGUUAGAGGUCGAGGCAGAGGUCAUGCGCUCGUCUCAGAGAGAGCUCCUGUCCGUGGAUGACACCGUCUACAUGCCAGAUCACGAUCGAGUCCCCGUGAAUCGCGCCCUCAUCCAGAAAGCAGGUUACCUCAACAUCAGGAAUAAGACGGGGCUGGUGACCACGGCGUGGGACAGGCUGUUCUUCUUCACGCAGGGGGGGAACCUGAUGUGUCAGCCGCGGGGCGCAGUGGCAGGCGGGAUGGUCCUGGAUCUGGACAACAGUUCUGUCAUGGCCGUGGAGUGUGAGGACCGGCGAUACUGCUUUCAGAUCACUUCACCCAACGGCAAAACGUAAGGGUUUAAACCUGUGAACAUUGAAUGUGUG